GCGCGGCGCGGGUCCCGCGGCGCUGCCGCUCCCGGGCCGGUUACUGCCCGCGCCCCGAGCGCCGUCCCGCUGCUCUCCGUGAGUGCGGCGGCCCGCCGCCAAGGCACCCACCGCCAGUCCCGCCCCGGUGUCUGUCGCUGUUGCGGGCGCGGGGCGGAGUGGCGGCCGGCACAUGGCGCGCUGCAGCGGCGGCGCAGCGCCGAAGGGCCCCGGCCCGGCGGCGGCGGAGCGGCAGCGGCUGAAGGAGGCGCUGGCCGAGCAGCUCCGGCAGGACCUCGACAGGCUGCUGGCGGAGGGGACCCACUCCGACGUGACCUUCCAAGUCGGCGACGAGGAGGUGCGGGUGCACCGGGCGGUGCUGCUGGCGCGGGCGCCGCUGGUCUGCGAGCGGCUGGCGGGGGGGCAUCUGCAGCUGGACGGCCUGGAACCCGCGGAGUUACGGGAAAUCCUGCGGAUUCUAUAUUCAUCUGAUAUAAAUCUUAAAGAAAUUGAGGAGCUGUUCAUUUGGAAAAUACAAGAAAGCAACACUACUACUCUUCACAACGCUCAAAAAAAUGUAAAUUGUCUUGAACAAAGUAAAAGAACACCAGUUGAUCAGAAUACUCCAAGUGGAGCUGUGCAGAAAGGAGUUGUUUGUUUGUUUGGUAUUGAGGAAGAAAUUCCAGAAGCAGUCAUUGAUGCAGAAAGCAACAAAGCUGCUGCAGGUAAUUCCAUAGUAGAAACUGCAUCUGUGUUAGGAGAAGACUUACUGAUGCUCUACAAGAAGUGCUGUUGUCCAGAUAUUAAUAUUUGCGUAGAAGGCAAAAAUUUUCAAGCUCACAGGGCCAUUUUAUGUGCCAGAUCUAGUUACUUUGCUGCUAUGCUGAGUGGAAGUUGGGCAGAGAGCUCUCAAGAGCACAUCACUCUUCAAGGCAUAAGCCAUGCAGAAAUGAAUGUUGUCUUGCAUUUUAUAUAUGGAGCUAUUUUGGACUUCCCAGAUGAAGUUGAUGUUGGUCACAUGUUGGGCAUUGCGGACAUGUAUGGGCUGGACGGACUAAAAGAAGUCGCUAUCUACAUUUUGAAAAGAGAUUACUGCCAUUUUUUCCAAAAGCCUGUUCCUGGCAAACAGCAACCUGUACUAGAAUGCAUGGCUAUUGCUCAUUCAUUGGGAGUGGAAAACCUAUAUGCUGCUUGCAUGAAAUGGGUAGGAAAACAUUUUGCAAGAUGUUUUUCAGAGAAAAGCUUUGCCAAUUUACCUACUGAACUUCAGAACAAUUGUCUUGUUAUGUUGAUUAACUCUUUGAACCACAAGAAUGCUGCUUUCCGUCUGAUGGAGAGUGACCGGCUGAUCGAUAGCCUGCCCCGAGUGAAAUGGACAGAGACAGCUGUGGCCUUGGCAUCACGGCUACACGAGGAAUGUGUAACCUUUAUUGUUGCAAACUUCCUACACGUAGUACAAAGCGAAGGCUUCUCUGUUUUGUUGCAGGCACAGGCAAUGAGCAGCAAACCUGACCUCCUAGAACUAAUUUUCAAAGCAAUUGAAAAGAGCAUUAAUAAUGAAAAUAGCUGCUUUCUUCUUGUAGCAGUGGAUAUGUUGCUGGACUCCGAAAAUGUGAAGGAGAUGGGUUUUACGUGCAAGAUCCAGGCGCUGCGUGAUAAGCUCUGGGUCUUCCUGGUUCAGUCUUUUUAUGCUGUUCGUCACACAGAAGGCUGGAAGCUGAUGAGGCCAGACCAUCAACAGAAAAUACAAGCAGCUGCAUUUGACAAGGGUGAUGACCGAAGACUUGGCAAAAAACCUGUAUUCACCAGUUCUCAGCUAAAUAAAACUACUACUGCAUCUGUUGGUAUAAGGAAUACUUCCUGGGCAGAACACGGCAAGAAAGAUUGCUGGGGAGAUUCUUCCACUAAUCAGGAUAAAAUGAAAUCUGAUGGAUUAGGAGCAUCUGGACAUGCAUCCACCAAUAGAAACACUGUCAAUAAGACUUCAAAGCAUGAGGAUGUAAAGGGGAAAGAUGGCAAAAAAUUAGUUUCCAAGAUUACUAAGGAUUCAAAACCUGGGGAAAAAGCUGCUUUGCCAAAGGCUAGAGCUGUUAUCAAGACAAAAAUAGAAAAUAAUGGAAAUGUGAAGGCUGAAAGCAUGCUUACCAAGCAAGAUAUAGAAAAGACAUCAUCUGCAAGUGGACAAAAAAAUUCAGGAAGCAGCAAAGGACUAAGGAACCAUGAAGGAAAAGUUGCAGGUGCCAGACCUAAAGUGCUGACAGUAACCUCAAGCAUGCAGAACAAAACAAAGCCAUUGAAAAAAACCACAGGGAAGGAAUCUCCCUCCUUGGUGACUGUGGCAGCAACUUCCAGCAAGUCAGCAAAUGCAAACAUGGAUAUCCAGACUGCGGGCGAACAGACAGAGGAACCCAAAGAGGAUAAAUCGGUAGAGGAAGGGAAGAAACAGACUGUAGUGAAAACAAAGGUAUCUGUGAAGGGAUCAAAUGGAGUCACCACAAAAAAAAAAAAGACUGAGCUUGAGGCUAAUGCCACAACAAGCAGUCUGACAAAAAAACCAACAGGAAAAGGGUGUAAUGAUCAAAAUGUACAAGCUGUUCUGAAGAAAAAAGGGAAUGUGAGUAUGAGUUCUGCAGCACAGCAAAAGACUCAAAACACACCUACCAAUUCUCCCAAGAACCAAGGACCUCAGGGGGAAUCACCAAAUUCACUGAAAUCAGGAAUGUCUCCAAAACAUAAUGAAGAAAAAAAUGUAUUACAAAACCUGGUUCAGACAACACUGCCAGAAAAACAUCCUUCAGCUAAGAAGAAGAGUAUUAAACAAUCACAAACACCUGUAACAAAAGCCACUUCAAAAAUAACACCUAAGACUCUGGCUCCAUCAAAGAAUGCUGAGAUUACGAAUAGUAAAGACCCGAAACAGAAAACAGCUGUAUUAAAAUCUCAGUCCUCUGCCCAAAAGCAUUCAAGGAGUGAUUCUCCUGUUGUCCAGAAGAAUAUGCACACCUCUGAGCACAGAGGUUCAGGACAGAAACCUGAGAAAAACACGGCUGAUGCUGUGGCAGGUCAGCUGCAUGACAAUAAUGAAUGCUAUUCUGCAAAUGAAUCUUUAAAACCUGCCACAGAAAGUAGCAGUGACAAUAAAUUGCUGGAGUCCUGUCAAUCCAAUAAACAGAAAUUACCAGAUUCUUCUGAAACUGUGCAAUACAAAAUACAAUCCGAAUCUUCUUCUCCUCAAAUUGCAGAAGAAACUAUUUAUAAACUGAAUGUGUCAAUACAAAAUGACACGGAAACAAGACAAAUCUGUGGAGAUCAGACUGGAAUUAUAAAGAGUGAAGGUCCAGAGAAAGAUGAUAAUACAGCUGAAUUUCACUAUCAUGCCAAGUCUUCCAAUGAUGGAUAUUCAGACUUUUCCAAGGAAACCAAUCAAAAGGCUAUUGUUUUAGGAGAACUGAUGAAAGAUUCAAAAGCAGCAAAUGUCUGUAAUGAACAGAGGGAUAAAACGAACUCUGAAACAGGUCAUAACUAUGGUGCAGGUGCUUUGUCAAGCUUUUCCCAAGUAACCAAUAAAGAAGAUGAGACAUCAUCUUCUCAGAUCCAUGUGGAAGGAUUUCUUACAGUCGAUGAACUGUGUGAUACAUCAGCCUUGACUGAAUAUAAAUCAGUUACAACAGAUUUAGACGAUGCUUCAGAAUGUUCCACUGAACAAAUAACAGAAAAAUAUUCACCUAAUUACACAGAGCUUAUAGAGCCUAUGGAAAUGCCAGAAAACCAUGAAAAUGCAGAAAUUCCCUUUGUGGACCAUUGGAGUACUGGUGCUGUAGAUCCAAAAGAGAGCCCUGAAUCAGAUACUGGCAGUGCAACCACAUCCUCUGAUGAUAUAAAACCAAGAUCAGAAGAUUAUGAUGCUGGAGGCUCUCAGGAUGAUGAGGGAUCCAAUGAAAGAGGGAUUUCUAAAUGCAGUACUAUGUUAUGUCAUGAUUUUCUUGGAAGAAGCAGCAGUGACACAAGUACACCUGAGGAAUUAAAAAUUUAUGAUAGCAGCCUAAGAAUAGAAGUGAAAAUGAAAAAAGAGGGUUCUGAUCUCUUUCGUGUUAAUUCAACAAGUGAUGAUGAAAUUCCACGAAAAAUUUGGUCCCAUCAAGAGAGUUCACGGACCACAACUAGAGAAAGCAAAAGUUCUACUUUUGGUAAUGCUCAGUUUACUCAGGAAGCAGACCAAGUUUCUUCUUCUGCUGAUGAAACAGAAGAUGACAGAUCUGAAGCAGAGAACGUUGCAGAAAACCUUCCUCCAUCAAAUGUUCCUACUCAACAGUUCGAAGGAAUUGAUAAUUUAGCUUUUGAGGAUGCAACAGAAAAUGAUACUGCAAGUCAGGAGUUUUCUAAAACUAAAAAUUUCAAACGAUCUGUUUUACUUUCAGUAGAUGAAUGUGAAGAAUUGGGAGCCGAUGAUAAAGUGGAAACUCACACUUCCCGUCAGCACUCUAUAGAGUCUCUUACUCCUUCUGAAGUAUUUGACAGUGUUUCUCAAGAGCACCAUGGAACUACAUUUUAUUCAAGAUACUCACUGGAAACUGAGGAGGGAUUCCUGGAUGGCAAACAGCAAAAGGAUAGAGACAAUAGAUCGGAUAAAAGUGGAAGUUCUGUCCUGCAUCUUCACGGUACUGAAAUCCCAGGAAAGGAGAAUCAAGGCGCUUCAAUGACUGAACAAAACUGCCCAGAGAAGGUGUAUUCAGCAGAUAGUCCAUACCCAGGAGAAAACCAGCAAGAAAAUAUGAAGAAUGAGGUGGCUAGUGAAUUUCACCAGUGCAAUAAAUACUUGGACAAUGAUGCAAAAUCUCAAGAAAGACCAUGUCAUCUGGAUCUUCAGCAGAGAGAAACUAAUUCUGAUGUGCAAAAGAGCAGCUCUGCAAAACCUGUAGAAGCCAGUAAGAAUCAGAUGCUGACUCAGGAAAGUCAAGUGAGAGACAGUCAACCAGCAACUACUGAAUGCGCUAAUACUGAUUUACUUCCAGGAGACAUAGAUGAUUAUGACACAAUGGCACAAACCUGCAUGUAUGAACAUCGGCCUUCAAAAACCCUUUCUCCAAUAUAUGAGAUGGAUGUUGGAGAAGCUAUUGAGCAGAGGAUGGAUUCAGAAACAGCAGUUCUAGAGAUGGAUUUUGAAGAUCAACAGUUUGCAGAACAGGACUGGACUCUACUCAGGCAAUUGCUAUCUGAGCAGGACUCACAUAUAGAUUUCAAAAACUCUGUUCCUGAAGACCUUAACUUAGCACAAUGUCUUAUCAAUCAGACACUGUUUCUGGCACGAGAUGGUUCGAAUCCUCAGGGUACCUCACAAGUUGACACAUUCAGUAGGUGGACUGAACUCAUGUCUCCACUUGACGACUCCUCAGCAAGCAUUACAGUGGCAAGCUUUUCAUCCGAAGACUGUUCGUCCCCUCAAGGGGAAUGGACAAUUCUUGAACUGGAAACCCAUCAUUAAGGUUUCAGCUGUUUGCAACUGAACUCCAACCCAUUCCCCAAAUCUAUUUUUGUUUCCAUACCAUAAUGAAAUACUGCAUCAGUCAAGAACGAGCAAUUCUUGAUACUGAGGCAAUCUUUCUGAUAAAAUGAGGUAAAUAUGUUAACUUAUCAUCUAGAUUUAAUCACAAGUACAAUAAUUUUUCAAGACUUAAAUGUAUGUCUUUUCUAAAAAUGAACUUGAGCAUGUAUUUUCUAGAAUUGUUAGAAAAACUAGAUAACAUGAAAGAAAAGUUCUGGGUUUCUGCCCUCCCUUUUAUCUUCUUUUUUGACAUUUAAUGUUCUCAUUGAUCAAAAAUUUAAAGAUGAAUGCACUAUAGUAGACCUAUUCCUCUCCUCCCCCCCAUAUGGUGACUUCAUUUUACAACAAUAAAGAUUCAGAAUGGUUGUGUCAAAAGGUGAUGUGUGCCAACACUACUUUAAAUGACAGAAAAACAAACAUACUUAUAUUCAAGGAAAAUGUUUCAAUCUGAAUCUGCCUUGGGCCUUGUUAAUAUGAGCAGCUUGUUUCAUCUGUUUAUUCCAGAUUUGAUUUUUGUAUCUUGGUUUGUUUUGUUUAGAAGUUUCCAAUAAAUUUUUAAUUGCCUUUUCUUCAAAUAUAAGACUUCAGAGGGUCUGUACUGUACAAAGACCACUGUUUCUUUCAUGAAAAUGCACAUAUUUAAGUAAAUAUUUUAAAUGGCAUAGUGCAUGAAUUCAAAGGAGUUGAUAGAAUGUUGCUCCUGCUCUAAGAAAUAGCAUGUCUGAUGUCUCCAAAAGUACAUCUGAAUCUGAAGUUGUGGUCAGUGUUACAUCUGAAGUCUGAUGUUAACUAGAAUUACCUUCAGGCAUUAAUUAAUGACACUUGCACGUUCUCAUGCUGAAGUAUCGCAAGAUUCUCAGGAAUUUGGUUUUAUGUGUUUGCAUAAAUGCCACAUUUUUGGGAGUGGUAAUAGGAUUAUUGCAUCUUUGUUAUUAUCGCUAGUGUAGCUUUUAUAAAUUGAGACUAAAUGUCACCAUAACCUUUCUUUUGAAUCAGAGUGAAAUAGGAUAUACAGAUCAUUUUGCUGCUUUUGGCUCUUUGGGUGUGGAUAGGACUGAUUAGUGUCUUUUCUGAUUGACAGGGGAGGAAGGAGUGAGAAACUUCUUGUAAUUCUUACCUAGCCAGAACUCCUGAAACAUACAGGGUUUUUUCCCUGCAAAGGUUGGACCCCCUUAAGUUAUCUGCAUUAUGGAAACAGUAGUGCUUGUCUUUCACACAGCUUAAAAUCUCAAAAGGAAGUAUUCUACCUCCUCUUAGUCAUUAACAGAAGUGCCUUCAGGAGUGGGUGCCAUAGGAGUAAAAGGCUAAGUAACAUUCUGUUCUGGUUGAAACUAUAGAAGUACACAACUUAAGCUGAUUGUAACCACUGAUAACACGGUCCAUUCUGCAAGCUUUUGCACAAUUCCAGCAGUGCACCUUAACUUGACAAACUUCAUUUCUUUUUGUUCAUAGUCAGAAACUCAGUUCUGUGGAAAUAUCAACUUGCCCUGGUGUAUGAUUAAAGAAGUUAUGACUUUGGAUUUGACAGAAUAAAAAUCUUUGAGGCAAAAUAAUUUAUCUAGCAAGGCACUUUGUUGAAUUUCUGAUACAUAAGUAAUGUUUUAUUCUCAAAAUAAAUGGAGGAAGAAAUUUAUCUUGUUCUUUAAUAAUCAAGGGAAAAAAGGAAAACCUUCCUUUCUCUUUAUGUCAGUGGAAGACUUUAAACUCGUGGAAGGAAGAUGUUCAGUCUCAUCAUAAAAAUCUUACAUCUGCUCUUUUAACAGCAGGAUAAAUAGUCUGAGAUAUUGUAAUUCAAAAUAUUAUAUAUGUAAUACUCUGUAUUUAACCCAGUCUUCAUAUUGAGGGAGUCAGAACCACCUUUAGAAGUGCAAAACAUCAAGAAAACCUAUUUUUCACCUUCAGGGUUUACAAGGUACUUCAGUAGGUGAUAAUCUUUUGGAUAAAACAGACAACUAUAGUACUGGCCAUAGCAAAAGAUGAAGCUCAAGAGAAGCCCUUACAGAAGGCUAAGGAAUAGUGCUUUUUAAUGUCUGUGUAAAGCACUAAAGUGAAAGAAUGGAUCCUUUUGUCUAUUUUUCGCUUUGCCCAUAUUUUUAACUUCUUACUGAAUUGAUAAAGUGACACUGAAAAUUGACACAAAAUUUCAGAUUUAUUGUAUGAAAUACAAUCACAUAUAGAGGUUUUUUUUUGUGUUUUUUGUCUUUGCAUUUACUUUUUCAGUUGUAUCAAAAUUAAAUUAGCUUCUCCAAGUCCUCAAUGCUGCUGUUGCAAUUCCUUUAACAGUUCUGCAGCAGAGCGCUGAUUAGGAUAUGGUAUUGUUCAGUGGGUACAGAGGCAGCCAUAGAAUUCAGCUUCCCACAGCCAAAUAGUGUCUGUAGAAGUAGCAGCAAUAGAAAGUGGUAUUGUUUUUAAUUCGCGUUACUAGAGCGCCUGUGAGGCUUAAUCAGACCAGCAUCCCACUGGCUAGACAUUGUACAAACAAAGAGCAACAACAAAGACUGCCCACAGAGUGGUUGGAAUCCAAGAUAAGACAAAAGACAAAAAAAAAUGCACAUGAAUGGAAAAGUAAAAUGAGAGUGUCAAUAUUUGUCUAGCUGAUUAGCAAUGGUUUCAGCACAUCAUCAGUUUAAAUAGUCAUUUUUUUCUCCUGUAUGCAUUACAAGAAGGGCAAACUUUAGGGUGAGAUUUGAAGGCUGGAUAACGAGGGAGCUGGAAGAAUGUAUAAUUCUGACCAGCCUUAUGUGCUGCCUAAACUGUUUGACCCUGACCUCAUUCAGGGGAAUGUUCACGCUUUAAGCCAGGUGUAGGUAGCUAUUUGUUUAGUAGUAUCAAUAACCUGAGUUCUCUGCAGUCCUUCUCAUACCUCCUGGCAGUGAUUUUAUCACUGUAUUCACCUCUUCUCCGAAACAGGAGAGAAUGGGUAAAGGUUUGUUUGAAAACUCCACCGAGAAACAAAGGUGGUGCCAUGGGCUCCAAGUGAACAGUGAUUGUGUGGUCCUGGAAGACCUCUAAAGCAAAGACAAGGCAGAUAGAUGCAUCUGAGGAAACAGCGAAGGGGUGUCAGUGAGGAAACUAACAAGAUGGCACAGUCAGAAUACCACCCCUGCAGUACUAUUUGGAAUAAGAGCAGUGAAAUUGCUUUGUCAAAGCCUGAGAAGACCAGGCUGCAGUUAACAGGUGCAAGUGACAGCUUACCUGAGAUUGUUCUGUGAACGAGCAAAGAUGUCUGUACCCCACAGAGAGUAACACCACACUUAGUAAACAUCAGUGAAAUUUAAAGGAGAAGAUUUGGCAAUCAGUCUCAGAUAAUGACCCUGAUUUGGCCUACCUUGAAUGACAUGUUAUGAAAGUGAAAAAUAAGUAAAGAUGCUUUACAUGUAUGAAUGUAUUAGGUUUAAACAAAGACUAGACCUCCAAAAGUGGUAUCUGUAGGCAUAAUUACUUUUUUUUCACUUGAAAAGUUAGAGUCUAAUCUGGACUGAAGAAGCAGCUCUCAUAUCUGUAUGUAUAUCUUACAUACAGAUAAUAGCUGAAAUUGUAUUUGUGGAGUAAGUCACCAAUAGACAUACUGCAGACAGAAAAGGGAAGGCCGGACACUUGGAACUACAGGAAAGGCAGGAGGGGGAAGUUCUCCCAAAUAAUCUAUUUAAAAAAAAAUAAAUUAGGGAAGCAAAGGAAAUUAAAAUAUGGAGGCAGGAGUCAAAUGAGGAUGAGAGGAUUUAAGGAAAACUCCACCACUGGCUUCACUGAACACAGCCCACAUGGCAGAUAAUUAUAAAAUACCAGUUUUGAGCUUGAUUAGGAAAGUGUUCCUAGGGGCUAUGGUCAAAAUGAGAGAUUGGCCCACAGUCAAAGGCAACAGACAGCAGUGUGGUAGAGCCUGACAGAACUGCAGGAAGGAAACUGAGCCUAACCACUGAGAGAGAAACAACAGUUAGAAAAGCAGAUCAGUUAAUAAUAUAUUUUGGGUUGCUUUUUCAAUGCAUGAAAUUAUACCAUGUUUAUGUAGUGUAGCAGAAGAAAUGCAGAGGCUGAGACACACAGUGAAGAUCAGAAGAGAUAAGUAAGCAUGAAAUGAGAUCAGCAGGCAGUCUGGACUGCUGUAAGUGAUCAGAUAAGUGCAUUAAAAACCCAGACAUCUGCUUUUGUGGUGUAGGAGUAUUGGAAAGGACACUUCAUAAAUUCUUAAGUUUUUCCCUUAGAAAAGCUUCCUCCAGAAUCACAGAAUUACAGAAAAAUCAUAGCAAUACAGGAAAAUGUAGGCUUGAACUGACCUCUAAAGGUCUGUAGUCCAACCUCCUACUAAAAGCAGGGGUAACUUCAAAGUUAGAUGGGGUUCUUAGGGCCUCAUCAACGUCCAUAGCAUAUAAAAUGAUAAUAAAGUCAGCAGGCAGAAAUACAAUGUUCAUGGGAAACAGAUAUUUGAGAUUAAACUGUUCUCAUUAUAAUAAAACUGUUUUGUGUGUCAUUGGAAAAUAUUAAUAUUUGAGUACAAGAAAUAUGGCUAGCAUGCAAUAUUUUUGAGUUCUGGAUGAUAUGUGACUGAACUGUACAUGUUUAAUAAUCUUCCUCCAUACUUUUUAAGGUUUUUAAUUAUUUCAAAAUUAUACUCAAUUUUUGAGAUGGCAAAUUUUAUUAUUAGUUUGGAAGAACUAUGACUAGAGAACUUCCUAUGUUUCUCCCAAAGACUGUCCCUAGGAUGUGUUCCCCUGGCAUUGUCUAGCAGUUUGUUUCAGGGAAUAUGAUUUUUUUUUUAAAAUCACAUACCUGUUCUAGGUACAUACUGAAGGAGACUAUUUAAAAUAUAUUUCAAUAUAUAUUAUUGCCAUCUGGAAAAUAGUAAGUAGCAUGUUAAUUCUACUUUGCUCCAGAAAACCUAAACCUUUGCAUGAAGGAAUUAAGAACUGUUCUUAUGUUGCUCAUCUGUUGCUAAGAACCAAGAUAUUUAGGAAUUCGUUAUUUUGCUUUCACUAAUGUCAAAAAACCCUCUUGUUGACCUCAGCUGAAUGAGGUUCAGGACUUGUCUAUAAUAAUGCAUGUACUAGAAAUGCUAUUUUUCCAAUAUAUAUCUUUCGUAGUUUUCUAGUUUUAUUCUACUAAUAACAUUGUACAAUUGUAGGAAUGACAAAUUACAGCUAGAAAGACUUCAAUUUAGGAGUCAUAAUUGUAUGCAUUCUGUUAAUAUUUCAUGUCUGGAGUGAUUUAACAUUUUCACAUUGAUGGAUGACAUUCUUGCCAGGAUUACAUAGGAACUGAGGACAAAAGAUAGAAUGAGAAGUAUUGCAGCUUUAUUACAAUAGAUGAUUCGCUAGAAAUGGGCUUUUAGAUUUGAAAUCAAAUAUAAUGAGAAGCUUUCAUCUCUUGCAGAAAAUCCAUGCCGAUUUUCAUCUUUCUCUCUUGAACAAAAGCUAUAUGCGAUUUUUUUUUAAAUAAACUUUAAUGUUCAACUUUGGAAAAAUGACAGCUCAAAUGCCUUCUUUAACUAAUUUAGAACUUAGCUUCUUCCUAUUGACAGCUACUGUGUGUUUAAAGAAGCUAAACCUGUAACAGAGAAAAGUGUGAUUCAUCUAAAAACUGGAUAUCAGCUGGGGAAAAUUACUGAGUUUGGUAAUUUUUUUACAAAUUUGUUUUUUUACAUUUGAUAACUAAAAACAGAAGAAACUAUACAGAGCAGGUGUGCACACACACCUGUUUAUUUCUUGCAUUUGACCUUCCUUUCGUACUUCUCUUUGCAAUCCACACUGCACGCUCCAUUAAGCCACAGUUCUGCAAAGACAGAAGUGAAUCCACAGCCACAUCUGCAGAUUGGCUUUCAGCUUAACAUUCUCUUUUCAGAGAGGGUAAUGGAGCUGACACUGGGGGCAGGCACUGUGCAUACUUGUGUUUUUAUGCAGUACUCAACUUAAUGAGGUUCUAAUCCUGAUGAACCAUCUAGAUGCAGUUAAAGUAUGAAAUCAUUAAUAAUGGAAUUCCAUUAAAUUCCUUCCCUGUUCUCCUUAAAUGAUUGCUCAGAAGACUGUCCAGUCAGAGAAAUCAGAGUCCUAAGAACCUAACUUUUUGCAUUACAUGCAACAUAAGUUCUUUCUCUUUUGCACUGUAAAAUAUGAAUACAUGUCUUCAAUAACUCAAACCUCAGUAUCUGGAGGGGCUGACUAUAACUCAGUAACUAGAUACAUUUAACAAGGACACUGAUGGUCAAAAUAGGGUUUGUGUACUUGGAGAUCAUGACUGCUACCUGGACUGGAGUGUGUAUUCUGGUGAAGAUGAACAGAGGUUCACAUGCACAAAUCUGGGACUCAGCCCAAUUACCCAGGUAGUCAGUCCAUCAUACUUUGUAUUUAGGCACUCCAUGACAGUGAUGACUCUUUCUCAGCUCCCACUGAAUUAGUGUGAGUGCUAUCAGAUGCAUGUUUAUGAAGAUCACAUUAUUUGUGUGUCUGGACAGAAAGACUAGUUACUGCAGUAAAAAUAUUGGCCCAUGUACCUUAAACAUAUAAAACAUUUUUGAGACUGAUCUCACCAACUUACUUUAAACUACAAUAUCCUCACCUGUGCAAUCCUUAAUGUAGGAAUUCUUGCCAUUUUCUUACCAUUGUGCUUAGUGAAAUAAUUUUCAUUCUUUUUUUUUUUUUAAUAACCCUUUUUUGAGUGUGGCAUGACAUCCUGCCAGUAGAGUUACAUCAGUGUGCUUAAGAUCAAUACAGAUAGGACAAACUCUGUACAUGCCAGAUUCAGUGUAGGUAGUGUAAAAGCUUUUUGUGACUUUCAUAAAGUGAGGUAAUAUCCACAAACAAGAAACCCACCUCGAAGUCAAACUUCCUGCCUGUAACAAAAUCUCCUCCUGUAUCUGUAGAGAAAAAGAAACCCUUCAAUCUCUAUUUUCUGGAUUAUCAUGUAACCAAGAUCAACAUGUAUCUGGAUUAUCUAGUAACCAAGAUUAAUCCAAUAUAUGUAUAAUGGGAUGCAUAUGAAGAAAGGUUUGAGUCACUACCUGUAGUCCAUGGCUUUAUGAUCCUAAAAUAUUUUGACCAUUCAAUCCUGUGGAGGGAAGGGGAGGGUGUUAAGCUCUCAAACCAAAUGCUUGCAUGUUUCCCACCUGCUUGCUUUCCACACCUCGAUAACAAACUGGGGCCUAAGUAAUCCUACUUUAAAAUGAAUUCUUGUCAACAUAGCGUUCUGUUUCAAGAAUAUCUGUAUGGUUGCAUAGUCCCACAAGCCUUCUUCCCCAUGCUACAUACUCAAGGUUCUUAGUUGAUUUCUGUAUGACAGAAACUAAUAAAUCCUAUGUGUAAGUUAAA